AAAGGGCAUAACUAACCUCUUACUGUAUCCAUUUUCUGCAAACUCUCUCUCUCUGCAAUGAUAUGCCUUUCCUACCUCUUUCCUUAAACUAAUUAGAAGCAAUAAAAGCCAGCACCCUGCUCCAUUUCUUCAACAAAAAUCUAACUGCUAUCAUUAAAGAUUAAAUGAAAGCAUUAGCUGUCUUCAGAUCCAAGCUUUUCAGUCCAUGCAAGAAACUACUGUUACUCUUCAGAUUCAAGCUCAAAAGACCUGUCUUUAUAAGAGGUCUUCAACUUCGUCGUCGCAGCAAGAAACCCAGAAAAGCUCCUCAAAAGAAUCGAGUUUUUAAUUCUUUGCUCUCCGUUUUUCAUCCUCUUAGGAAGUCGAGAAAGAUGGACAGAGUUUCCGAACUUAGGAGCGUCUCAGAACCGGAGUGUGAAAGAAUGCUCUUUCCAUCACCUCUUACACCAGCUUAUAUCAAGGCCAGUUUGGAAAAGAAAAGGCGAACCUUCGGUGAUGAAGAUGUAGAAGAUGCGUGCAGAAGUUUCGAGAACUAUUUGGUAGAGAUGAUGGUUGAAGAGGGGCAAGUGAGGGAUUUAAUGGACGUGGAAGAGCUAUUGUAUUGCUGGAAAAACCUGAAGUGUCCCGUCUUCAUUGAUUUGGUCGGUAGGUUCUAUGGAGAGCUAUGCAAGGACUUGUUCUCUCCCGAUGACGACAACACCGACAUAAAUAGUCCCAAGUGAUUCUGCAACUAGUGUCACGGUCCCUGUCUUCCCCUUAAUCCUUCUCUUCUAAUCUCUCUGUUGAAUUUUCUUUUUUUUAACCCGGGGUGUCCGGGUCAGUUUACACACAUCACAACUAAUUUUCGGAUCUACUGAACAUCCUACAAAUCUAGUAGACAUAUAAGACAUUACGAGAAUAACAGGUAUGCACACUAGGACUCGAAUCCAGGUGACAGAUGCAAGAAACCUUGCCUCUGCCACUGGGCUACAAGCCCUGGUGCUCUCUCUGUUGAAUCUUUGUAAUGUUAGUAGUGGAUAUAAAAGGAAUAAGGCCCAUUGUUGAAUAAUUUAUUUUCUUCGCAUUGAUGAUGCACAACAUCGAAAACACAAAAGAGAAAAAUAUAGCUUGAUGCACCUCUAUGUUAGUAAAAGCUAAUAGAUCUUCUUGAAUGUCAAUCCUAGAUAUGGAGAGGCCUAAAACUUAACCCAUUAUAGAGUUGUGCCUCUCUCAAAUCUCAAUCAAAAGACAGGAACAUCUCAUUGUACCCUGAAGAUUAUCAUAAUCAACCCUUAUUCUUCAUGCUUA